CCGCCAGACUCACUCCGGGACGCCCCAUUCACUGCCCUCCGCAGCCUCCAGGGCGGGCGAGGCCCGGAAAGCCGCAGGGCAGCCAUGGCGGAGCCGGAGGCCGCGGCUGAGGACCUGGACGCCCUCAUCGACGACUUAGACUACCUCCCGGGCCACUUCCACCUGGAGAUGCAGCUGAACUUCGAGCCGCGCUCGCCGGCCUCCCUCCGCGCCAGGGACUUGAAGCUGCAGCGGGAGGGCCUGAGGCAGGAGCUCGAGCUGGCGACCGCACUGCAGCGUCCCGCCGUGCGCAACCUCCUGGGCGCCUUCGCCUUCUACCUGGAGGAGCUGGACGAGGCCCGCGAGCGUUUCCUCGAGGUGGCCCGCGACGAUCCGGGCAACCUCAACGCCUGGGCCAAUUUGGUGCAUGUAUACGGGCGGCUGGGGCAGGAGGAAGAGGAGGAGGAGUGCGUCGCACGGCUGACCGCUCUCAUGGGCCUGGCGGCAGGCCCGGAGGCUGCCGGGGACCCUCAGGUCCGCGCUGCGCGCUGCCUGGCGGAACAGGGCUACGCGCACGGCUUCGACGUGGGCUGCGCCAGCCCGGAAGAGCGCGCGCGGGUGCUGGCGGCGGGUAUCGCGCUCUACGACAAGGCUCUGGGCUACUCACAGCAGGUCCCGAUGGAGGAGAAGAGGGGCUGGUACUUCACCAUGGCAACGCUGUUUAUCAGGCUAGAUGGCAUUUCCCUGGAGUUGGGCAGUGAGGAGCAGAAGCGGCUGCCUGCCUUCAACCGCACGCUGGCUCUACUUCGGCAAGUCCUCAAGUCCUCGGACCCCCACCACCGAGCUGUGGCCUGGUGCUACCUCGGGAUGCUGCUGGAGAGAAAGGACACCUUCUCCACCACCCCCAUGGGCGUCCACGACUAUGGGUACUCAGGGACCGACCCCCUGGAUUGCUUUGGCAAGGCCAUCGAGAUUGCCAAGGACCACCCCUCCAUCCUGAAUCGCCUGGCCAAAAUCUUCCACUUCCUAGGAAAGCAGGACAUGGCCAUUGGAACCUGCAACAUGGCACUGGACAUACUAUCUUUUGUCUCUCUCUACUGGCAGAUCCACAUUAGAGCCUACCUGCAUGACCUGGAGCGGGCCAAGAUGGGGGUCGGGGGCAUGCCUGACAGGAACCACCUGGCCUGUGCCAAGGCCGACCUUGAGGAAGUGGUCGAGGUGUGCCCAGGCCUCAAGACCUACCUGGACAUCGGCCAGGUAAGGCAUCUUCUUGGCUUGGGUAGUCAAUGGCUAGCGAAGAAUUUACUCUAUGCCAGGCUAGGCCUGGCCACGAGGACAGAGAGGAAUAAAGCACUUCCCCUUGCCUCAUAACAGUACCCACCUCUUACAGCCAUAGUGAGGAUUAAAUGACAUGGCGGGUGUACGUCAUUUAGAACAGGACCUGGCACUUUCUACGCACUCAGUAAGUGUGCACUCAGUAAGAAGGGCCUUCCAUGCUCAGGGACUGACCACCAAGGAGAUGACAGUAUCAGUUUUUCCUAUGAGAAACUG